UUUUAGCGGCGUGGGGAAGCCGAGUCGGAGCGCCGGGCGAUUGCAGCGGCCAUGUGACUGCAGCUGUUUUCUUAGCUCUGGGAAUAGGAUCUUUUUCGCAGUUAUGCCGUGCGAUAUUUUCGGCCUGCUCCAAUACGAAACGAACAAGCUAGUUAUUAUAAAGAGCCGCAGACUCGGAUCGCUUAAAUGGAGUUUAAACACGGCCAUUUUUAUGUUUAUUGGCAUUAUGAUGUUCUGGAAUAAGGAAUAUCAAGAGCAUGACUUGGUGGUCAGCUCGGUGACCACCAAGGUAAAAGGGGUAGUGAUGGCACAGAGUCCGGACGUCGGAACGAUGCUGUGGGACGUCGUGGACCAUAGCGGCAUCUUCAAGGAGAAAAACUCAUUUUUCGUGGUGACCAAUGUAUUAAUCACCAAGAGACAGAAACAGGGAAAAUGUCCUGAGGUUCUGAUCAGUGGAAAGCGGUGUCUCGCAGACAAAGACUGUGAAAAGGGUUACUGGGACCAGCGCACUCAUGGGGUCCAGACGGGGGCCUGUGUUAACUUCGACAACAUGCAUAAGACCUGUGAGGUGUCCGCCUGGUGUCCCAUUGAGGCCACAAAGAAGCCGCCCAGGCCUGCCCUCUUCUUGGCAGCAGAGAACUUCACCGUACUUAUAAAAAACAAUAUCCGAUUCCCAGCCUUCAACUACUUCAAAAGGAACAUCCUACCAGAGAUGACAGAGACCUAUCUGAAGAGCUGUAUGUACAAUCGCCAGAGAGACCCGCUGUGCCCCAUCUUCCGCCUGGGAGACAUUGUCAAGGAGGCCAAGGAGAACUUCACAGAAAUGGCAGUGGAGGGAGGAAUAAUCGGGGUCAACAUAAAGUGGAACUGUGAUCUUGACCAGUUCUUUCGACACUGUCGGCCCAUGUACACCUUCCAGAGGCUUGAUGAGAAGCAAAGCAACCGCACCGUCUACCCUGGGCUCAGUUUUAGGUUUGCAAGGUAUUACAAUGAGAAUGGAGUGGAAACGAGGACACUCUAUAAAGUGUUUGGCAUCAGGUUUGAUGUUUUAGUGUACGGAACGGCAGGAAAGUUUAGCAUCAUUCAGCUGAUCAUUUACAUUGGAUCGACGCUUUCCUACUAUGCCUUGACCACCGUGUUUAUCGACUGGCUCAUCAGCACCAGUUGCUACGCAAAAGAGGCCCAGCAGGACUUUACGAAGAUGAAGGUCGAGUCUGUUGAGGCCAGAAAGCAGAAGCUGCUCUGCGUCUCCUUCGUGGAUGAGGAUCAUCUCAGGUUGGUGAAGCCAUCUCGUAAGAAACCAUUACAGAAGGUCAAAGCCGUGGAUACUCAUCCGAAGAAGGGUAACGCAGCGAGAACAAGGGCCUUGGCAGCAGUGCUGCAGAUCCCCCCCAGGCAGAAAGCGGGCACAGAGCUGCAAGAAAUGCCUCAAUCGGGCUGCCUGGCCUGGUGCAUGUGCGGCCGGUGCCGCCCCUCCGAUAGCCUGCAGGAGCAGCUGUGCUGUCGGCAGAGUAGCGGAAGCUGUCUGACCACGUCUCCGCUGUUCGACCGCCUGCUGCUCAGCAGGGUCGUCCUGGAGUCAGUGCUGCUCUACCGGGAGCCGCUUCUCGACCUGCCUGAGGGGGGCGCCAUCCGCAACCUCCGACACUGUGCAUACAGCCUCUACAUCGACUGGCGCUUUGACGGCUCGAAGGAAGACGGAAUCCCCGUCAUGCCGAGCUGCUGUGUGUGGCGAAUAAGGGAUAAAUACCCCAGCAGCGAUGGCCGUUACCGUGGUCUGCAGCCGGAGACCAAGGUGCUGAUUCACUCAGGAGAAAACUCAUGACUUUAGGUGCCUAAGACACUGAACAUUAGUUUGUUUUAGAGAUUGCCAGAAUGUUUAAAAUAAUCUUCAUUGCAUUUCUCUAUACGCAAUUGGGAAUUUUGCAAAGGGAAAGAUUUCGGUCUUCUGUCUGCCUGUCGCUAUGUGGACUAACAAAAUACAAGGUGCCUUUUCUGUUUACUGAGCGCAUAGUUUUUUUUAAUAUCUUUAAUAUAUCAAGGGCUUCUAAUAUACAUGGUGGGAAUGUGACAAUUUUUGUACUUCAAAAACAAAGUAUUUUUAUGCCUGUUGAUGUAAUUUAAUUAUUUUUGCAGUUACUGUAAGUGCAUGCUCUCCAGAUAGACACUACAUACAUCUCUAACAUUAUUUACUGAGCUGCUCACUAAAAUGGGAAAAUUGGAACGUUUUAUGUUUAAGUCCCAUGAAUAAUCACAAGUAUAACUGAAACUUCCAUGCAUGCAUGCAACAGUCAUCCUCUCUGAAAAAACGUCAUUCUAUGGGACACAAAGAUAACCGUUAAAAAUGCCCCCUGCUGAGGCGGUGAGGCUUGGAGUUGGCCCUCUGUGCUUUGGCUUCCUGCGCUCGCUCCAGCUCCAACAUGUAGUCCAGCAUUAUGCAGCAAAGUAAAACUACGGGGUGCGGUAAACAAUUCCAGAAGAUGCCGGGGGGGGGAUUCCGAACCCAAGAGCGGUGAGUUUCCUAAGAGUUGUAAGUGAAGCUCUGAUGCGAGACAGAGUGAGGUGGACCCAUCGAUAUGACUCACCAAGUGAAAGAGGAGCAAGAGGGACACUGUGUCAAACCCUGGAGGAGUGAUGGUAGAGCGCCCCCUACUGAACCGCUGUGCAAUGAUACCUGUCUGUCGUUUCCACACUAAAUUUUAAGCAUCAAUACUUGUUGCAGACUUUUGGUACAAACUUUUGUAGUUCUAUGAGUUUUUAAUAGACAUUUUUUAAACUUAUCUCAUACAUUCAUUUCUGUAUUUGCCAUGUACAUUUCACUCCAUAUGAAGUCUUUGGUACAUUUAUAAAGAAAAUUAAUUUAUGCUUUAUCACUCAUAUCUUCUCAAUCUUAAGAUCCUCCAGUAGGAAAUCACCAACAAUCAAACUCACAUGAGUACUAAUAGAUAGCCUGGGUCCUUGAUUGUCCCUGUUUGGGAGCUAAUGAUUCCAUCCAUCCAUUUUCCAAACCGCUUAUCCUACUGGGUCGCGGGGGGGGGGGGGGGGGGGUCCGGAGCCUAUCCCGGAAGCAACGGGCACGAGGCAGGGAACAACCCAGGACGAGGGGCCAGCCCAUCGCAGGGCACACUCACACACCAUUCACUCACAUAUGCACACUUAUGGGCAAUUUAGCAACUCCAAUUAGCCUCAGCAUGUUUUUGGACUGUGGGGGGAAACCGGAGGAAACCCCACGACAACAUGGGGAGAAAAUGCAAACUCCACACACAUGUGACCCAGACGGAGACUCGAACCUGGGUCUCUGGGUGAUUCCUUGCCAUAUAUCCAUUGUUUCCCAGCUCCAGAGCCCUGCAGCCCUGCACAGAAGUGCAUGUGGAAAAUGAAUGAGUUAUUUUUACAUUGUCCCCUGUAUGGGCUUUUAGCCCCAUACUCAGAAAACAAUUUGACUUUUCAAAACAAACUCUAUACCUAGAUCCUAAUCUACCAACAUGGUAAUUACAUUUUCACAUCCACGUGUAUCAUAUUUUCUACUUAAUUUCAUUGCUUGAGUUCUUCUGGAAGUGAAGAAGCAACUCUUUUGUGCACAUUUACUUUUAAUGAAAGACUAAUUUGCCGCAUGUGAAGCAUAAUUAAGUCAUAUUUAACUUUUGUGCUUACUGACUGUUUACGCAGGGUGUGAUCAUCUUAACUGGGACAUGUCAGAGGAAAAACCACGAUCUCUUGUAUUCUUUCAGCUGUUAGAAAGCCCUUUUAUAGUGCGCUACAGCAUUCCACUUUGACUGUAACCUUAUUCACGCAAUAAAAUGAAAGCCUCCAUUGUC